GCGGGGAGGUGGGACCCGGAGAGGGGUGGCCGUGGGGCCCGGCCGGGCUGGGGCGGGGGGCCGCAGCCAUGAUCCGGGCCUUCUCGUUCCCGGUGAGCCCCGAGCGGGGCCGGCUGCGGGGCUGGCUGGAGGGUAGCCUGGCCGGGCUCUGCGAGUUGCACUGGCUCCGGGAGAGGCAGGAGUACCGCGUGCAGCAGGCGCUGCGGCUGGCCCAGCCCGGAAUGGGGGGCGCCGAGGCCGAGGACGAGGAGGACGCCGACGAGGAUGAAGAUGCGGCGGCGGCGCGCCGGGCCGCAGCAGCCCUGGAGGAGCAGCUGGAGGCCCUGCCUGGGCUCAUCUGGGACCUGGGCCAGCAGCUGGGAGACCUGAGCCUGGAGUCUGGGGGCCUGGAACAGGAGAGCGGGCGCAGCUCGGGCUUCUAUGAAGACCCCAGCUCCACAGGAGGUCCAGAUUCACCACCCUCGACCUUCUGUGGGGACAGUGGCUUCUCCGGAUCUGGCUCCUAUGGACGCCUGGGUCCCUCUGAGCCCCGGGGCAUCUAUGCCAGCGAGAGGCCCAAGUCCCUAGGAGACGCCAGUCCCAGCGCUCCGGAGAUGGUGGGCGCUCGGGCCCCGGUGCCGCGGUCCUUCUCGGCGCCCUACCCGACGGCAGCGGGGUCUGCGGGGCCCGAGGCCUGCUCCUCAGCGGAGCGGCGGGCCCGCGCCGGGCCCUUCCUGACGCCCAGCCCGCUGCACGCGGUGGCGCUGCGCAGCCCGCGGCCCUGCGGCCGCCCCGCGACCGACUCGCCCGACGCGGGGGGCGCGGGGCGGCCCCUGGACGGCUACAUCUCGGCGCUCCUGCGCAGGCGCCGCCACCGGGGGGCGGGCCAGCCCCGGACCAGCCCCGGGGGCGCGGACGGCGGCCCGCGGCGCCAGAACAGCGUGCGCCAGCGGCCGCCCGACGCGUCCCCGCCCCCCGGAGGCGCGCGGCCCGCGCCCGAGCCGUCGGUGGAGCGCGUCGGGGGCCUUCCCGCCAGCCCCGCCGCCCUGAGCCGCGCCUGGGCCUCGCCGUGGGAGUCGGAGGCGGCGCCCGAGCCCGCCGCGCCGCCCGCGGCCCCCUCGCCGCCCGACAGCCCGGCCGAGGGCCGCCUGGUGAAGGCGCAGUACAUCCCAGGCGCGCAGGCCGCCACCCGCGGGCUCCCCGGCCGCGCGGCGCGCCGCAAACCGCCGCCGCUGACCCGUGGCCGCAGCGUGGAGCAGUCGCCACCCCGGGAGCGUCCCCGCGCCGCCGGCCGCCGCGGACGCGUGACCGAGGCCUCGGGCCGCCGGGGCUCGCCCCGGGCUCGCAAGGCCGCGCGCUCCCAGUCGGAGACCAGCCUGCUGGGCCGCGCUGCCGCGGCUCCUCCCGGCCCCCCGAAGUACCCCACGGCCGAACGGGAAGAGCCGCGGCCGCCACGGCCCCGCCGGGGUCCCGCGCCCACGCUCGCGGCUCAGGCCGCGGGGUCCUGCCGCCGGUGGCGCUCCACGGCCGAGAUCGACGCUGCCGAUGGGCGCCGCGGUCGCCCGCGCGCCCCAGCGGCCCGAGGCCCGGGGCCUGGCCCGUCCCCGUCAGCUCCCCAGCGCCGUCUGCUCUACGGCUGCGCCGGCAGCGACUCGGAGUGCUCGGCCGGGCGCCUGGGGCCCCUCGGACGCCGGGGGCCAACAGGCGGCGUCGGCGGCGGGUACGGAGAGAGUGAAUCCAGCGCCAGCGAGGGCGAGUCACCGGCCUUCAGCUCUGCAUCCAGCGACUCAGAUGGCAGUGGUGGCCUCGUGUGGCCGCAGCAGCUAGUGGCGGCCACCGCGGCCUCUGGGCCAGGGGGUGGUGCAGGCGGAGGGGCGCCCGCGGGCCCCGCCAAGGUCUUUGUGAAGAUCAAGGCUUCCCACGCCCUCAAGAAAAAGAUACUGCGUUUCCGUUCGGGUUCUCUCAAGGUCAUGACCACAGUGUGAAUUCGGGGGUUUGCUUGGGCUCCCCCUUCAUGGCCUCUGCACCUCCACACUUCAAUCACUGACCCAUCCACACCUACCUUCCAAAGACCAUCGUUUUCUCUGCUUCCAAAGACCUUCCUCACUGUCCCCAUUCGUAGCAGUCUUGGUUGAAAAGGCUCCCCCUCCGCCACAGGGAGGGAUGGACAGGAGCCCUGUUUGACCCAGUUCAGCUUCUGGCUUCCAGGCACUUGGGCAAGAAAGUUCCCCUUCUCUGGGGCUCACUUAUCUCAUCUUUCAAUAAGUGUCCGUGUAUGCAACAGGGGUAAUUCGCUCUGAAUCGCCCCAUUUUAGUUUAGAAGCUUAGUCUGCCCCCCUUCACUCCUCUCACUGAGCCCUCUCGUUGCUCCUGUCCUUGUCCAGAUAUGGCCCCCCUCAUUCACAAAGUGCCCCCUCCACGUCCCUGGCCCUUAAGAUAUCCCCUUGGCACCCUGGUCAGAGACUCUGACUUAGGUGGUUCCUGCAGAGUGCCUUGGGAAGGGAAGGAGCACGGAUUUGGGGGUUUUGAGGGUCAAGUAGGAGUUGGUAAUACCUGGAAAGAAGGACUCUUUCACCUCUAUCCCCGGACAAUUAUGGAGGAUUGGGAGGUAGAAGAGGGGUAGGAAGAUGGUUUCUAUCUGGUGCCCUCACUGUGACAAAAUGAGGGAAGCUCAAUGACCCUCAGCUGUUCCAAUCUAGUAUUUUUUUUUCUUUUUUAAAAUUACUGUAUUUAUUAUGACGAUGGUGACUCCCUGGUGCAAAGGGGGCCAGAUUCUGUGUGUUUCUUUAACCUCUUUGUAAAUAAAUGCACAAUGUUACAUA